AUGUCAACUCCUCCUGGUCACAACCUCAGUGUCUCCACAUUCCUCCUCACAGGCUUUCCAGGAUUAGAACAAUUUUAUUCUUGGAUUGCCGUCCCUUUCUCCUCCAUCUAUGCUAUUGUCCUUUUAGGGAAUUGCAUGAUUCUCCAUGUGAUCCGGACUGAGCCAAGUCUACAUGAGCCCAUGUUCUACUUCCUAGCUAUGCUGGCUUUCACUGACCUGUGCAUGGGGCUGUCUACUAUUCACACAGUGUUGGGGAUCUUGUGGGGGUUCAGCAAUGACAUCAGCCUGGAUGCCUGUAUUGCCCAGACUUAUUUCAUUCAUGGUCUGUCCUGUACAGAAUCUGGAGUCCUUCUUGCCAUGUCUUUUGAUCGAUUCAUUGCCAUCUGUAAUCCUCUCAGAUAUACAACUAUCUUGACAAAUACCAAAGUCAUUCAAGCUGGGUUGAUUAUUUUAUCAAGGAGUGCUUUGUCAAUUCUUCCUGUCAUCAUCCGCCUGAAGUUCUUCAGUUUCUGCCAUCACCACAUCCUCUCCCACUCUUUCUGUCUACACCAGGACCUGCUCCGGCUGGCUUGCUCUGACAUCCGCUUCAAUAGCUUCUAUGCCCUGGCUCUGGUGAUCUGCACCUUGCUAUUAGACUCCCUCCUCAUUCUCCUCUCUUACAUCCUGAUCCUACAUACAGUCUUAGCUAUUGCAUCCCAGGAGGAGAGAUUCAAAUCCUUUCAGACUUGUAUCUCCCAUAUCUGUGCCGUCCUGGUCUUUUACAUCCCAAUUAUUGGUCUUACAAUGGUGCAUCGGUUUGGAAAACAUCUCUCACCAUUAGUCCAUGUCCUAAUGGGUAACAUCUAUAUCCUUUUUCCACCUCUCAUGAACCCUAUCAUCUACAGCAUCAAGACCAAGCAAAUUCGCAUCAGGAUUCAAAGAAUCUUCCUCUUGAAAAGAGAUUGA